AUGACUCUUCUUGAGCUCUCGCAAGCACUGGAAGCAGAAUUUCCGGCGGUUCUGGACCUUCGUCAUGCUAUUGGAGAGGUUUGCGGACAAUUUGUUGUCAUUGACGGCAGCUCCCACGUGGCCAUGGUUCAUCAGACAGCUCGUGACUACCUUCUCAAAACUCCAGACCUCGAAUUUUCCAUCACUGCGCUUGAAGCUCAUAGGCAGCUGUUUACUAGGUCGCUCGUGUACCUUCUAGAUCCGCACUUGAAAGCGAACUUAGGACAGACUGCAGCGCUAACUGCCUCAUCAUUUCUACAAUAUGCAACAACAUGCUGGCCCUACCACCUCGACUUGAGCCGCUUGAGCCUACCAUCCUCCACGUCUCUUUUACCGCUCUUAGCCAAGUUCUUUCGCGGUUCUUACGUCCUCACGUGGAUCCACGCCCUCGCAUAUUUCGACCAAUUGAAGAUCUUAGUCCAAGCAUCAGAGUAUUUGCACGCGUUCGCCAGCAAGAAACGUAAGAUGCAUGCAGACGAUGUCCCCCACAAGGAGUGCAUCGAGGAUUUAGAGCUUCUUGACUCCUGGGCUGCAGACCUUCUCAAAGUCUUCGCGAAGUUUGUUCGAAAUCUAAGCCAGGAACCGAGUGCUAUCUACAAGCUUAUACCACCAUUCUGCCCAAAGGAAUCCUCGAUCGCACUAGGACGACUCAAAUUUUCCGUUCCAAAUCCGCAAGAUUGUAAAGCUCUUGCACUCAGCUUCACUGACAAUGAUACAGCUGUUCUGCUUGGUGGCGAUGACAAGACUAUACGGAAGCUGGACCUCCAAAAUUCGAAGCCAGGAUGGCAAUUGGUCAAUCACCACCUUCUCGCGUUGGAAACACCAAUUUCAGGGAUUAAUGCCAACGCUCCACGGUACGUAGCAUUCAGUCCAAAUAGGUCAGAGGUCGCUGUAGCUUACCGAGGCUAUCCUUUAUCUGUUUGGAGCAUGUCAGAAGCACGACCUGUUGCCAGAUGCAGGCGUGUUACCGACUGGAAAGCCCUUACCGAUGCUUGGGCUGGUGUCGAUAGGGUUCUAUGGCAUCCAAAUCCAAGGCAGGGCGAAUUCUUUGGCCUCUAUAACGAGGGAUGCGUGUUCAAAUGGAGUCCAUCUGAAGGUAGUAGCCAAGAAGUGCGAGUCCGAGCUUCCAAAUUCGAGUUUUCCCCCAACGGAGCGCUCUUCAUCACCAGCGACAUCACUGGUAUUAUCAAACGGUUCGGCCUGCAAUGUUGGGAGCCUAACGUCCUCAUCCAACUUACCGAGAUCGACGAGCGAGCGAGCGAAAAAGAAAGCGAGGCAGGGAGCACCACACAGACUUCUUCAGCCUCCGAGGUAUGGGCUGAGACUGCGGACCUGGUCACUGCACUGGCUGCCAACUCGGAGCAGUCCUUGUAUUGUGCAGGCAAUGAGCCAGUGUGGCAAUUCAUUGCCUACUCCGAGAUCGGUGGUGAGGUAGGGAUCUUCCAAGUCACAAAAGGCAGGUCACGGUCAACGCCCUUCCAAGUGGAGUUGGUACGAGAGAUCAAGAGCACGGAUGGAGUGCAUCAGCUCCUCUUCAGUCCCGACUCCAAGUUUUUCUUGAUUGCCGGUGUUUCUUCGGAGAAAAUCUGGGAUGUGCAUGGCGGCAAUUGUCUCGAAAAUUUUGGAGGUGUGCGGAAUAGGACUGACAGAUGGUUCAUGAACAAUCCAAAGGAAGACCCACAAAAUGACCAACAAUUUCUUGACUUUGAUGUGAGCAAUGCAACCAUCCGGACCUGGAAGGGAGGAGAUAUCUUAAGGACAUCCGGUUCGAUAGCACGCCGCCCAUACUGA